AUGGAUAUUGAAAUAAGACCGUGUAAGAUAGAGAAAUUAGAUCCAUGGGACGAAUCUUUGAAGCCUUAUUUGGUUGACCCACCGCCACUUAAAUGCUCGAAUCGCCAGCAAUUGAUGUUCGUUGAUAGUAAAGGUAACUUACAGUUCAAUACCACAGUGAUGAGGAUAUACAAACUAGACAAAACGUCACUUAAUUGUUCAUAUAGCAUUAUGAAAAGAGAAGAUGGAGAUACGGAAGUGACGUUCAAACCGGAAGUGAUGUUUGUGGUACCGGUGUUUGUGAAAAGUCACGUGUUCCGUGUAAAAUGCUUCAAUUCAACAAAAAUUGUUUUGUACGAUUACCUUCACUUUAACUCAUUUUGGAAUGAAGAUGCUAAACACAGUGACGACAUAGAAAAUGAAAACCAAGAAAAACUCAGUGUGAUAAUAUUUGGAAUAGACUCGGUUUCGCGGUCGCAUGCGUUACGGAAUCUUCCGAAAUCUUACAAAUUUCUACUGGAUGAAUUCGACGCAUACGACUUUGAAGGUUAUAGCAAAGUUGGUGAAAACACAUGGCCUAACUUGGUACCACUAUUAACAGGCCAGUCUCACAGAAACUUUCCAUUAGUUCAACAUUUGCGAAAACAUGUAGAUUCUAUGCCUUUGAUUUGGAACGAGAAAGUCAUACAGCAUUUUGCUACCUUCUUUGCGGAGGAUAGGCCCGAUAUUUCAACGUUUAAUUUUGUAAAAAGUGGUUUUAAAUAUAUACCCACAGAUUACUUUUUCCGUCCAUAUACACUAGGAAUGCAUAAAUUCGAGCCGAAAAUUAUUGAUUAUUUGGGGAAACCAUCAUGGGAUUGCUAUGGUGUGAAGAAUUAUUUUGAUAUACAAAUUGAGUAUUUGAAAGGCUUUCUUAAUAGGUAUAUCAAUAAAAGAAAAUAUGUGUAUUUCUGGAAUAAUCAAGUAUGCCAUGAACAGUUUACAACACUAAGUCGCGGCGACGAGUCUUUAUUGGAUUUUCUGAAAUGGGUGAAGUACACAAAUCAAACCAAAAAUGCAAUAUUUGCCGUUAUCAGUGACCAUGGCUACCGGAUAGGUGGAGCUUCUUUGACCCAUGUGGGCAGGGCUGAAAACAACAAACCAUGGCUGAUGAUUCAUGUUCCAAAAUUUCUAAAAGAAAAGUAUAAAUGGUUACAUACGACAUUGUCUGAAAAUACACAAAAACUUAGUACUCAUUAUGACAUGUAUCAAACAAUGUUAGAUUUAAUUCAAGAUGUAGCAUUUUCUGAACAAAAGACGAAGCCUGUCAAAACAGAACUAGUUCGAAGGAACUUAUUCCACAAUAUUCCAUUAGAGAGAACAUGUGCUGAUGCCGGCAUUGAAGAGAAAUAUUGCACCUGUAAAGAAAAGGUUAAUAUCUCAACAACAAGUGAUGUUGUGCUAUCAAUGGCCAAGUUUCUUGUGAAAGGAAUCAAUGACAUUUUAUCAAAGAACAAAGAUGUGUGUUGCACCCUUUCCCUCCAUAAUGUAACAGAAGCCUCGGUUUCGUAUUCAAACAGUGAUCAAGAUAAUACACCAAAUGGACAAACUCACCCAGGAUUUUUUCACCAAUUAUUCUUCAGAAAAAAGCAAGAUAUAACUGGUCGUUAUUAUAUACUAUUCCAUACUAUCCCUGGAUUCGCAUAUUUUGAAGGAACUGUUGACUUUUCAGAAUUUGGACCGGAAGGAGUCCCAAAUGAAAUGACAAUGAUUGGUGAACCAUCCCGACUAGACAGAUAUGGAAACCAGUCACAAUCUGAUUUCGCGGCCAUUUUCCACAGAGGUCCAGGCUUAGUUAUACCUAAGAUGAGAGAUGAAAGUUUGUUUGACUGUGUUUUAAAUGAACUGAAGGAACACUUGGCUGCUGCUUUUGAUUUCACCACAGCAGCCCUUGCAAGACGAAGUGUUGCAACGCCAUGGCCCAGUGUUCUUGAAUGUGUUGCCGAAUGGCAGAGACCAGGAAAGUUUCGACUCCAGCAUGUAGAGCUUGGUGCUAAGUUAUAG